AUGUUUCUUCCAUAUAAUAACAAUGCUUCUGAACGACCAGUUCUAAGUCCAGCUAUAAGUCUACAAUCUGUUGUAUCUCCAAUAAAUAAUAUAUCACCAAUUUCAAAUGAAACACCAAGUAUUAAUCAAUCAUUCCUUGCUGUUGCAAUCACAAUCGAUGUUUCAUUAUCGUCGUCGUCAAAUGAUCCACUUGUUAGUUCGUCGUUUAAGAAAUCUACAGAACAAGAUAAAAAUCUUUUAUCAGCUAUUGAGAAAAUUGUGAAAAAAUUUUUUACGUAA